CAUAACAAAGCCUUCAAACGUGCCAGAAUGGAAAACCAAUAAUAGGGAGUGGAUGAAUCAAGUACCUGCCACGUUUAAACUUCAAUCAGGUGGACACACACAGUUUGGUUGAGUUGGCAUCAUCAUGGCAACACCAGCCCCUUUCCUCGUUGCCUCUCUCACAGACUGAUACUCCGCCCAUAGAGCUCGGCUUUAGAGGGCAGAGGAGAGACGGGGAGAACGAGCAGGGAGACACAAAGCCUCUAAUCUAUGUAAAAGGCUGUAGGAGCAUAGGAGUCACUGGAGGUUCCCACUCAUUCGACUCGAUAUGCCAGAGGUAUUGUUUAUAGAUCUUAAUAGUUUUUGUUUUAUCCUGCACACACAAGUACACACUACAAACAUUCAAAUCUAGUUUGGUUUGAUUUUAUAUUGUUUCAAAGUAUUUGCUUCUGUUGUCGAGUUUUACAUCAACUUUGAGAGCGGCCAGGGGGAGUUUGGAAACGGGAGAAACCUUCAUAAACGUUUGCUGCAGCGCAUUCAGAAUGUCAUUGUUUGGAUCAGCUAUGCCCAGUUCGAGCUGUCGAUCGGCAGCCCCGGAUGCAGAAGUGCCGGAAGGUUUACGAGGAGGCCAACAAGUGCAUGAGUAGCUGUGAGGAAGAGGAGCAGCGGCUGAAGCUGCUCAAUUCCUGGAAGAACUACGAGAAGGAGUUUGGCUCCGAAGACAACAUGGAGAGAGUCACCAAGCUGCUGCCAGAGAAGGUGAAGAGGAGAAGGAUGUUGACGGACAAGGGCGGGCCGGAGGAAUUUUGGGAGGAGUACUACGACUACAUCUUGCCAGAGGACACCGCCAACGAACCAAACUUCAAGCUGCUCUCCAUAGCCAAGAUGUGGAAAAGGCAGCAAGAGACAACGGCUGGCGAGACAACGGCUGGCGAGACAAUGCUUGAGGAGACCAUGUCGCCACCACCGUCCUAGUAGCGGCCUGCAGCUCCUCCUGAGAACGACUCUCACAAAAACACUGUGAAUGAAACCGAGCAGGAGAACAGGAUAUUUAAUAACGCAGGUGUGAUGGAAAUUUGACCUGGUGAGACUUGUGAAAUAAAGAGA